CUCUUUCCUCCUCUCCUUGCGCAUACCCGCUCUGCAUCUCAUGUCCGAUUGUGCUCUGUGAGACAGCAGUCCUCCUCGCGUGCUGUCCAACGUCGCUCGUUCCAGAUCACACCGAUUACCGUUCACUGCUGUCAGCAAUGUGCUCGGAUUAGAGUUGCCGUCUCCAAGCCACCGUUGCGUCAGUCAACAAAACACAGCCUUGCCAGCAACACGUUCGUUCGCACACACUCGACACUACACACAUUGCUCGUGCAAGCUGUGACAUUCAUUUGUACACGGUGGCGGUCGAUAUGAGCACGAGAAUGGCCUCCAAUGGCCCCCACGCAGCGGGCAUCUUCGCCGACAUGACGGUCGAUGGACCGGAGAUUGGAACGCUGGUGCUCGUGGUGGAUCGAGGCAAGAACCUGCCGAACAGAAAGACGAUGGGAAAGCAGAAUCCAUACUGCGCUGCAAGAUUGGGGAAAGAAGCACGAAAGACGGAAGUGGAUAAGAGAGGAGGGCAGACGCCGCGAUGGGACCAGGAGCUGCGGUUUACUGUUCACGACUCGCCGGAUUACUACAAGCUCAAAAUCUCCGUGUUCAACGAAGAUAAGAAAACCGACUUGAUCGGAGAAGCAUGGGUUGAAUUGGAUCACAUCAUCACACCAGGAGGUGGGAAAGGCGAUCUCUGGCAAGGUCUGACAUGCAAAGGCAAAUAUGCUGGCGAACUGCGCUUGGAGCUUACAUACUACGAUUCACGAGAAAAAGCCGAGCCGAAGCAAGAGACCAUCUCCAUGGCAGACGAGCUGAGACAACAGUAUGGGACACUGAAUCCUAAGGUCAAGAGGAGACCUCUGCCCAGCAAUCCAAAUGCGCCAGCCACGACUGAUGUGGUAAUACCGGACCGGCCUCUGCCAGGCCGAGCGAAGCAUGGUCCUCGAGAUUUCCAGGUUGCUGGACGAAUGGCCUCGGCUCCUUCAUCGACGAAAACAUUCAACUAUCCGCAAUCAGAGUCGACGUUGUUUGGGCAGAAGGGGUUGCAGGCGCUUUCGCAAAGUACUCCGCCCGCACCUCAGUCUCAACCAGAGCCUCCAGCGAACCAGCAUUACGAGGAAUAUGAGCGGAACCCGGAGCCCGAGGUGUACGAUCCGUACGCAGCAGGGCCAGCGCAGCCUGACUUCUUACCACAAUUGGGUCCAAGCGGACGUCAGCGUGGCUCAAUGCCUCCUCAGGCUCGCUACGAACAACAGCAAUGGCCACAACAUCAACCGCAGGCAAUGCCUCGGCCGCUGAGCCACGCUGGUAUCCCACAUUCGCACUCUGCGCCGGCAGUACCAGUCACACAUCAGAUGGAUCCGCAGGCAUAUGGCGACAGCUAUCAGCUUCGAACCGAUUAUCCUGAGCCGAUUCCUGAUGUCGACUAUCAGUAUCAGCAGGUUGCAGUUGCUCGCCAGCGAAGACACGAUGUGCCUCCUGGGUGGCAGGAAGAAUUCAAUGGAGCGAAUGCUGAAAGGCAGGCAUACGUCGAGGAAGAUGUGGAGUCUUCACCGCCACCACCUCCGCCUAUGCACAGUCACAGUGCACCCGUGGUGCCCCAGUACGAGUCACAUCACAACUCUUCUCCCGUGGCUCGCUAUGGCGCUACGCCACCUACUUCACGACAGCAUUAUGUGCCCAACGCCUCACCUCUGCAAAGCAUUGAGCGUGAUUAUGGCCCUCAGCAAACGCCUCCAAGCCAGAGCCGACCACGAAGAGGCGAGUCUUUUGACGAAUACGGAGGAUAUUCCCCAUACCAAAGCAGUCAUCAUUCGACACCAAAUUUGUCGUCACCCGUCGGUCAGCAGAGUCCCUCACCCUACGCUAGAACAUCUCCGUACGGCAGACAAGUACCCGGGCGCAACAGCAUCGCGGAACCUUAUGGAACUCCCUCCCGACAGCCUCAUCCUUUGUCUCAAGAGGUGUCGAGAGCACGAAGUCCCAAUCCAUAUGGAACGCCUGAGCACCAAAUCUCGUACAACCACUACGACCAGGGUCAAGAUGGCUCAGUUCCGAUGAUCAAGCCUCGAGCGAUAUCUCCCGCGCCUCCGCCUUCGAAGCCAGCUUCGUCAUCACGAAGUCCGUAUAGCUUACAGUUCCCUGUGCGGGCGUUUGAGUCGUCAGAUGCAAGCCCACUGUCAACCUCUGCUGCGAAGGUCAAGGCUGCGACGUUGCCACGAAAGUCGGUCUCACCUCGGCCAUCGAUAUCAGGCGGUGCCUCCUCACCAGCGCCUUUCUCACCGGAUGACUUUGGGGCACACAAUCCCGCUGCUCCGGCAAAUGAUCCGGCAUCACGUAACGGACCUAUCGUGGGUUGGCAUGGUCAGGAGAUUGAUCCCUCCGAUCAUCUUCCUGUCGAUUCUUGGGCACCUGAGCCUGUCAAGAAAACACCCACGAAGACUUACGGGCUCGGCCGAGAGAAAGAAUUUGGACCUCGCAGUCUCUCCAAGGAUACUGUCAUCAAUGUCCGCAUGAAGCCUGGGACCAAUAUUCCAGAGCAACAAGCAAGACCAGCCACAUCGAGCAACAAGAUCCGCGGUGUACUGAAGAAGGCUCAGCCACAGGCUCCACGAUAUGCUUCUGAGCCGCCAAUGGACCUGCCGAGACAUCACGACAAUUACUCUUCUGUUCCUGAUCCUUAUGAGCAACAGCAACAGCAAUUCUCUCGAUCAUACCGUGAGGGUAGUCCUGCAGCGUAUGGCCCUCCUUCCAUUCCUCCCAAAGUUCCGCUGUCACACUCCCCUGGGGGAGUAUAUACCGAAGAUGCGCUUUCAAGAGAAAUCUCUAGCAUCGAUAUUGGGGGGAGUCGGACGAGGACUUCGGGGACGGCGUUUGUGCCUGUGAGAAGUCAUCGGGAUCGCAACAGUUAUUAUUGAUUGAUGCAUGAUGGGAUGAACGAAUCUUGAAUUGUUUUGUAUAACAUGGGUAGAGCACUUGGCAAUUGGUUUGCAUGUGACGCUGGCGUUGGGUUGGGUAUGGCAUGGAAAGAUGGCUUUUUGUAUGUGCAUUUGCAUUGCGAUACGAAAGGUUGAUGCAUUAUGGCAUUGAGAAGGAACGUAGAUGGGAUGAGUGUUGUAUCACCAAUCAAUCAUGAUUAGAGCAACUGCCGUCAAAAUGUCUCCGC